GGAGAUUCGAGGGGGAGGAGCAGGAUGGGGGCUUCCACCGAGUGCUUCUUUUGGGGGUCUCAAAAGCCCUGCAGUCUUGUUUCUGUUUAGCUCGGACUCUGCUUUCUAGAUUCUAGAAUCAACUGGGAGCUUCAUCAGAAAGUGAAGAUGCCGGAGCCUGCAAAGAAAGCAGUUUCUGCAUUUACCAAGAAGCCGAAGACGACAGAGGUGACAGCCGGAAGCACAGCUGUGUUUGAAGCAGAGACAGAGAAAACCGGCAUCAAGGUGAAAUGGCAGCGAGCUGGCACAGAAAUUACCAACAGUGAGAAAUACACUAUCAAGGCAGAAGGAAACAAGCAUUCACUGACAAUCAAUAACGUAGGAAAAGACGACGAUGUGACAUAUGCUGUAAUAGCUGGAACUUCCAAGGUCAAAUUUGAACUGAAGGUCAAAGAACCAGAAAAGAGUGAGCCAGUUCCUCCUGCUGAAGCUUCUCCUGCCCCAGCUGCCUCAGAGUUGCCUGCUCCACCGGUAGAAAGCAACCAAAACCCAGAAGUUCCACCUGCUGAGGCUCAACCAGAAGAGCCUGUAGACCCUAUUGGGCUCUUUGUGACACGACCUCAGGAUGGAGAAGUUACUGUUGGUGGAAACAUCAUGUUCACUGCCAAAGUUGCAGGUGAGAGUCUGCUAAAGAAACCGUCAGUGAAAUGGUUCAAAGGAAAGUGGAUGGACCUUGCAAGCAAAGUGGGGAAACAUCUCCAGCUGCGUGACAGCUAUGACAGAAACAACAAGGUGUACAUAUUUGAAAUGGAAGUCAUAGAAGCAAAUAUGACUUUUGCAGGAGGGUACAGAUGUGAGGUGUCUACCAAGGACAAAUUUGAUAGUUCUAAUUUCAACCUGACAGUGAAUGAGGCACCAGCAAGUGGAGAAAUGGAUAUUCGUGCUGCCUUCCGACGCACGAGCCUGGCAGGAGGGGGCAGACGGAUGACUUCAGCCUUUCUCAGUGCUGAGGGAUCUGAAGAAUCUGGAGAGUUGAAUUUUAGUGCCCUACUCAAAAAGAGCAGUUUCCUGCGCACUGCAAGUCGAGGUGACGGAAAAAGUGAUUCACAACCUGAUGUUGAUGUCUGGGAAAUCCUGAGGAAAGCUCCUCCUUCUGAAUAUGAGAAAAUUGCUUUUCAGUAUGGUAUCACAGAUUUGCGUGGGAUGCUGAAACGCCUCAAACGCAUUAGGAAAGAAGAGAAAAAAAGUACAGCAUUCCUCAAGAAACUGGAUCCUGCUUAUCAAGUGGACAAAGGACAAAAGAUUAAAUUAAUGGUCGAAGUUGCCAAUCCGGAUGCUGAUGUGAAAUGGCUGAAGAACGGACAGGAGAUCCAAGUGAGCGGCAGCAAAUACAUUUUUGAGGCCGUUGGGAAUAAGAGAAUAUUGACCAUAAACCACUGCUCUCUGGCUGACGAUGCAGCCUAUGAAUGCGUGGUAGCUGAGGAGAAGAGCUUCACGGAAUUGUUUGUAAAAGAGCCCCCGAUCCUGAUCAUUCACCCCCUGGAGGAUCAAAUGGUGAUGGUUGGAGAGAGAGUGGAGUUUGAAUGUGAAGUGUCUGAGGAAGGAGCUACUGUGAAAUGGGAAAAGGAUGGUGUUGAGCUGACACGGGAAGAAACAUUCAAGUACAGAUUUAAGAAAGAUGGAAAAAAGCAGUAUCUAAUUAUUAAUGAGUCAACCAAGGAGGAUAGCGGACACUACACAGUGAAGACAAAUGGUGGGGUAUCAGUUGCUGAACUAAUUGUACAAGAGAAAAAGCUGGAAGUUUAUCAGAGCAUUGCGGAUCUGACAGUGAAGGCACGUGACCAGGCAGUCUUCAAGUGUGAAGUUUCUGAUGAAAAUGUGAAAGGAAUCUGGUUGAAAAAUGGAAAGGAGGUGGUGCCAGAUGAAAGGAUAAAGAUCUCCCAUAUUGGCAGGAUCCAUAAGCUAACUAUUGAGGACGUUACACCAGCUGAUGAGGCUGACUAUUCCUUCAUCCCUCAGGGAUUUGCCUACAACCUUUCUGCCAAGCUCCAGUUUUUGGAGGUCAAGAUUGAUUUUGUACCAAGAGAAGAACCUCCCAAAAUCCAUCUGGACUGUCUGGGUCAAUCCCCUGACACUAUUGUUGUGGUGGCUGGGAACAAACUGAGAUUGGAUGUUCCCAUAUCAGGAGAUCCAACACCUACUGUCAUCUGGCAGAAAGUGAACAAGAAAGGUGAGCUUCUUCAAAGCAAUGAAGAUUCUAUGACCCCCUCAGAAAACAGCAGUGAUUUAAGUACCGAUAGUAAGCCUCUAUUUGAAUCUGAAGGCAGAGUUCGUGUGGAAAAGUACGAAGACCACUGUGUCUUCAUCAUUGAAGGAGCUGAAAAGGAGGAUGAGGGAGUAUACAGAGUUAUAGUUAAGAAUCCAGUGGGAGAAGAUAAGGCUGAUAUCACAGUCAAAGUUAUUGAUGUUCCUGACCCCCCAGAAGCUCCCAAGAUCAGCAACAUUGGAGAAGAUUACUGCACUGUGCAGUGGCAACCUCCUGCAUAUGAUGGUGGGCAACCAGUACUGGGCUAUAUUUUAGAGAGAAAAAAGAAGAAGAGCUAUCGAUGGAUGAGGCUGAAUUUUGACCUUCUAAAAGAGCUAACCUAUGAAGCCAAGCGAAUGAUUGAAGGAGUAGUUUAUGAGAUGCGGAUUUAUGCUGUGAAUUCUAUUGGCAUGUCCCGGCCAAGCCCUGCCUCACAACCCUUCAUGCCAAUUGCUCCUCCAAGUGAACCAACACACUUUACAGUGGAGGAUGUCUCUGACACCACUGUUACCUUGAAAUGGAGACCCCCUGAACGGAUUGGAGCAGGGGGAUUAGAUGGCUAUAUAGUGGAAUACUGCAAAGAUGGAUCUGCAGAAUGGACUCCGGCUCUUCCUGGCCUAACUGAGCGAACAUCUGCACUGAUUAAAGACCUGGUCACAGGUGACAAACUUUAUUUCCGUGUAAAGGCUAUAAACUUGGCUGGUGAAAGUGGAGCAGCAAUAAUCAAAGAGCCCAUUACUGUUCAAGAGAUCAUGCAGCGUCCCAAAAUCUGGCUGCCGCGCCAUCUUAGACAGACUCUGGUGAAGAAAGUGGGUGAGACAAUCAAUAUAAUGAUACCUUUUCAGGGUAAGCCUAGACCCAAAAUAAGUUGGAUGAAAGAUGGUCAAGCUCUAGACUCCAAAGAUGUGGGAAUUCGGAACAGCAACACGGACACAAUCCUUUUCAUUAGAAAGGCAGAACUUCAUCACUCAGGAGCAUAUGAAGUCACUCUUCAAAUAGAAAAUAUGACAGAUACAGUUGCAAUAACAAUUCAAAUCAUAGAUAAGCCUGGCCCUCCCCAGAAUAUAAAACUGGCCGAUGUUUGGGGAUUUAAUGUUGCCCUGGAGUGGACACCUCCACAAGAUGAUGGCAACGCACAGAUCUUGGGCUACACGGUCCAGAAAGCUGACAAAAAGACAAUGGAAUGGUACACUGUUUAUGACCACUACCGUCGUACAAACUGUGUAGUGUCAGAGCUGAUUAUGGGCAACGAAUAUUUCUUUCGAGUCUUCAGUGAAAAUUUGUGUGGAUUGAGUGAAACUGCUGCAACUACCAAAAAUCCUGCCUAUAUCCAAAAAUCAGGCACCACUUACAAGCCACCUAGUUACAAAGAACACGACUUCUCUGAACCUCCUAAAUUCACUCACCCUUUAGUAAACCGGUCUGUGAUUGCAGGAUACAACGCGACGCUCAGCUGUGCAGUGAGAGGAAUCCCUAAGCCAAAGAUAUUCUGGUACAAAAACAAAGUGGAUCUCUCUGGGGAUGCCAAAUACCGCAUGUUCAGUAAACAGGGUGUGCUGACCUUGGAGAUUCGGAAACCCACUCCAUUUGAUGGAGGCUUUUACACCUGUAAAGCUGUUAACGAGUGUGGUGAAGCUGAAAUAGAGUGCAGACUGGAUGUCAGAGUACCUCAGUAAGACUGAAUUUCAAUUCAUUCACACAGCAAGCCCUGGAACGGAAUUUGAAGAGAUGAAAACCGAAGAAAUUAAUGAAGGAUAAUUUCACUUACACUUAAGAGUUCUGCACAUGUUAAAAGUCAUUUCAUGUAUAGGUUGCUCCAAAAGUAAUGCCUCCUAUUUAUUUUAAUGGAGACUACAACAGAUACAAGAGCACAAUAAUACUAUUUGACAGAAAAAAAUCUCAGCUAUAAAACACUUUUUUUUUUUCCCCCCCCAACGCAGUCACCACCAUUAGUUAAGCAUUUUUACCAGCAAUAAACAAAAGCCUGUAUGCUGUGCUCAUAACAGUCCACAUCACAAGAGGUGACAAACUGUCACUGCUGCCACUACCUCACUGUGCUCACAUACACUGUUUGGCUUCCAUAACUGUCCAGCAAACGUGUGCCAGAAAUGGGUGCCAUUUUCUCUGCACAGAGGAGUUCAGUUCCAUGCCUUUGCCUUCAGUGGCAGGCGCCAUUUUGUCAGACUGGCCCUCUGCUGCCAUCUGCAACAAAAUGUACUGGGAUAUUGGUGGGAAGGUUCAAUCUCUGCUGCCACACCACCAACAUCCACCUCUGAUGUCAUGGGCUAACAUCACAAAAUAGGAGGCACUGCUUUUAGAGCAGCCCUCAUACAAACAAAUUAUUUCUAAUAUUGAAUCACCUUUUCUUAUAUUGAUCUCUGGACAGUAGAAAGUAACUUCCAGCUCUUCUGCUUUUACUGCCAACGUUUGAAAUAUCCACUUCCAUGCUCUUGGGCAUAUAUUUGUGUGUCUGCACGUCUGAAACACACCAUUUGAGACUCUAUGGGUUAGGGUACUACUCUUAUUUAUACAGGAAGUGGUUUAUUUGAUAAUUACUCACUACUGGUUUUUUAGUUUUUGAAAAUACACCCACAUAGACUUUCAGGUAUUAGAUGUUUUUCCAGCCAAUCAUAGACAUCACCCUCAUCUACAGAGAAAACAUUGUACAUCAGAUGAAACACUGAUGAAACACAGAUGAAAGAUGCAAAGAAAUACUAUUUGCACAUUAAAAAAAAAAAUCAAAAGGCUUGUAAUAAAUGCAAUAAUUUUACUGUCAUCAGAUAUCACUGGAGGCUUUUGAAAGUCUAUGAAUGCUACGUACAUUAUUGCAGAUCAUUAUGUCUAAUUAAGAGAAAUUGGGGAAACUCUGGCAUUUUUUGUUUCUCACUUAUUAGUUUGAAUAGGAUUUGUUGGGAUUUUAGGACCUGCAUUAGUUUCUGGCUGGAAAGUAUUUUUUCAUAAAAUCACAAUAGCAAAGAAUGUGGGAAGAUGAAAUUAAUCCAGGAAAGAGUGUGUUUGGGAAGAAGCAACAGAAAGAGCUAAAGUAACACUAUUCCCCUACCUGCAAUAUGUCAACUGAGAAGGUAAAGCACAUCUGACACAGCACAUGAGUUACACUAAACAAGCAAUUGUAUCUUCAUAAUGAAAACACUUAUGUAAUGAGAUAUGUAUUUUGGUUAUUUUAUUACAGUAUCAGAACAAGGACAGACCAUGAACAUCAGUGUCGACAUUUGUCUGCAAUACACUGCUAUUACUCUGCAAAUAAAUAAAAGUGAUGGAAAAUA